AGUUUAAUGCUAGAGAGAAAUUGCCCACAAUUUUGUGUCGGACAUCACCUAUGUUGCAGCAAGCAAGCAAGGUCUAUACACCUUCAAUGUUUGAAAAUUUUCAGACAGAAUGGAUGAAAACUUUAUCCCUGGUUAUCAAGGAACGUAAUGAGAUGGGUAUCUUGCGGGAAUAUGUUGUUGGUUCAUUUGGUACAAAUGAUGCAGAGUAUAAGGUCACGGGCGGCCCAAGCAAUGAAGUGGUAACUUGUGCUUGUAAUCAUUUUGAGACCGUUGGGAUAUUAUGUUGCCAUGCGUUGAAGGUGCUUGAUAACUUGGACAUAAAGUUAAUUCCUAGUGCUUACCUUUUGAAGAGAUGGACACGUGAAGCAAGAGAUGGAAUACUCGAGAAGCAUGGUUUAGAUACUCGGGGGAAUGGUGACAUGGAUGUUACUGAUAGAUAUAGAGAGGUGUGUCCCGAGUUUGUGAAGAUAGCAGUCAAGGGCUCACAAACUAUUCAGAGAUAUGAAUUUAUCAAGAAGAUGAUCUUGACCAUUAACAAAUCUCUCGAUGAAAUGCCACUUGGAGGCGAGUCUCGGAGAAAUCUCGCAGGCUUAAGUGAAGAUACGAGUCUCGUUGCAAAAUGUACGGGCCUCAAGAAGAAAGAUGGACGCAAAGGAGGAAAGCGACAUAAGAGCUGUCUAGAGAAAAAUAAAAGAAAAAGAAAGAAGCAAGGAGACGCACCUCAAGCUUCUUCGCAAGCUUCUUGUGCACCUCAAGUUCUUGGAAGUUACAAUAACUCUCCGGGUUUUUAUAGUAAUCUACUCAGUACGUUUGAGGCACCACGAGACUUCAAUAUGACUUCCAUGAUAACAUCGCUUGGUAACGGGUAAUGCACUAUUCUAUUU